GGGUGCAGGGUGAACUCUUCGCGAUGGUUCAAGCCAAGCUCUGGCCAAUCAGAAAGCCCCGCCCCGCUAAUCCCCGCCUCCAGCUGCGUCCUGAUUGGGCUGCUUUUUCAAAGACGCCGGCGCACAGCGGUGAUUGACAUCGUCUGAAGCCAUUGGCCAAGCUGAGAGCAGUCAAAGGCAGAAACCUCUCGGCAUCGUGCGGCGAAGAAAAAUGGGUUUCCCCGCCUCCUUCUUCUAUUGGAUCUCUGGAGCCUCGGAGCGUUUGGCAGCAACCAAUAGGAGGACAACAUGGAGGGAGGAGGCGGGUUGGUGAUGGUUGCCAGGAACCUGUUUGGCGCGACUCUUGGGACCAGUGGGACUAGUCGUUUGUGUCCCUGUUCUACGGCAGGGGCCUGGACCGGAAGGCUGGACUGGGAGCGGUUCCGCUGCGCCCCGCCCCGCCCCGUGGGCACCUCUGCAGGCUGCCUGGGGCCUUGGAGCCCAAUGUCCACCCAACUCUAGCGCCCGGGCCUCCAUCCAUCCAUCCAUCCAUCGCGGCCACAGGCCCUGGGAUCAGCUGACCCCGAAUCCUAACCCUCUUUCAGGCGCCCCCCACUCCCCGUCCCUGCUAGUGGGCUCGUUACCAUGGUGAAGUUAGCAGCCAAAUGCAUCCUGGCAGGAGACUCAGCUGUAGGCAAGACGGCCCUGGUGCAGAUGUUCCGCAGCGAUGGGACCCAUUUCCAGAAGAACUAUACUCUGACAACAGGUGUGGAUUUGGUGGUGAAGACAGUGCCAGUUCUUGACACAAAUGACAGCGUGGAACUCUUCAUUUUUGACUCAGCCGGCAAGGAGCUGUUCUCUGAAAUGCUGGAUAAAUUGUGGGAGAAUCCCAAUGUCCUGUGUCUCGUCUAUGAUGUGACCAAUGAGCAGUCCUUCAUCAGCUGCACCAGGUGGCUGGAGAAGGUCCGGGCCCAGACUCCGGGUACCUUCCUCCCAGGUGUUUUAGUGGGAACUAAGACAGACCUGGCUGGCCGACGAACAGUGGAUUCUGCUCAGGCCCAGGCAUGGGCACUGGGCCAAGGCUUGGAAUUCUUUGAAACAUCUGUGAUGGUGUGGUGGUGUGUCCCUGUAAUCCUACUGCUUGGGAGACUGAAGUGGGGAGAUAAAGCAUUUAAGGCCAGCAUGGACUGCAUAGCAAGACCCUGUCUUAAAUUGGUGGUAGUGGUGGUGGUGGUGGUGGCGGCGGUGGCGGCAGCAAUGGCAGCUAGAGAUGUAACUCAGGUAGAAAAGUGCUUAUCUAGUUCAGGGCACUCUGAAUUUGAUCAUCAGCACCAUAGAACAUACCUAUAAUCCCAGAACUCCAGAGGUAGAGGCAAGAAGAUCAGAAAUCCAAGGUCAGCCUUGGCUAUAGAGAGUUCGAGGCCAGCCUAAGCUACAUGAGACCUUAUCUCACAAAACAAAAAAGUUGUCUGAGAGACAGUUUCCUAGGUUGGGUCCCCUGGUGUUGCAACAUUAGGCCCAAUAAAAAACUUGGGAGAUAGGAACCCAGACAGAAAACAAAACAAAACCAGGCCCCCACAAUGCAGGUGCAUAGUGGCCAUGGUGUCAGCAGGGUGCUGUGUGUGCGCGCCCUGCCUUCUGACAGCCCCUCAGACCUCACCUUGGAGGGCCCAUUGUUGGCCACUCUUGGAUGCAACCUAAGACAAGCUCCUUCGUUUUUCCAAUCCUCUGGAAAAUAGAGAUGUCUUCUGGGCAUGUUUAGUCAUGAAAAGCAAGCGUUCAUUCCAGCUCAGUCAGUGCCACCCCAGGGGUCAGGGAUGAGGAAAACUGUUAAACCUCCAGCCAAGAGCCAGUGCUGUCAGAGAUGCCCUCCCCAGCCAUGUGGGAGGAGCCGCGUGUUCUUGUUGGGAUCUGGCCCCAUCCCAGAAGUCCUAGCGUAUUCCUUAAAGAUAAGCCUGUUCCCAUUUGUCCCUGUGUCUCCAUCAUGUCCCCUCUUCCCCCCGCCCCCCACCAUGGCCCUACUGGUCCCUGGAGUAGAAGGUCCCUGCCUCUCUGGUCGGGGGUUGGGUGUGCUGUGCCUCUCUUGGCUGGGCUGGGCCCUGUUGCCUUUACAGCCCUCCCUCUCCUCUUCCCACCUGGAGGCCAGCUGUGGCCAGACUCUCUCCUAUAGCACAUCUGUCUGCUGUUUUGCUUUGGCCUCCGUCAUAGCUGAGUAAGGGGAUUCAUCUUCACGUCCUCCACACAGAACCCUAGUGGCCACAAGGAUGGCUCUUACAGCCAGAUCUCAGCCCAGUCCCCAGCUCACUAC